AUGGACAUUUUCCUUCUCUGUGUGUUCCUGCCUCUGGUGACUGUGGCAUGGGGCCAGUACAGUGACUAUUAUUAUGGUCCCUAUAAUUAUGGAGAUAAUGAUGAAUGGGUCAAUGUGUACCGGCAAGGUUUCAACUUUCAGUGCCCACACGGGCAGGUGAUCGUGGCCGUCAGAAGUGUCUUCAGCAAGAAGGAAGGUUCUGACAGACUGUGGAACUAUGCCUGCAUGCCAGCAUCCCAGAGCCUCGGUGAGCCGACAGAGUGCUGGUGGGAAGAGAUCAACAGGGCGGGAACCGAAUGGUAUCAAACCUGCUCAAACAAUGGGCUGGUGGCUGGUUUCCAGAGUCAGUAUUUUCCAUCGGUGCUGGACCGUGAAUGGCAAUUUUACUGCUGCCGCUAUAGCCGGAGGUGCCCAUAUUCCUGCUGGUUAACAACAGAAUAUCCAGGACACUAUGGAGAAGAUAUGGACAUGAUGAUGUACACUUACGACUAUUACAUCCGUGGGGCAACCACAACUUUCUCUGCUGUGCACAGGGAUCGUCAGUGGAAAUUUAUUGUCUGCAGGAUGACAGACUAUGACUGCCCAUUUCAGAAUGUUUAA